GACACACAGACUGUAGCAGGUCAACCAAGGAUCCAGGUUGGCAAAGGUUUUAAGGGCUUUACAUAAACAUGGAGGAUUCACCAGAGAAGAGCUAUGAUCCCUUUGAUCGCACUUUGGUGUUUGUCGACAAGAAGGAUGACUUGGAUCCAUUUUCCUCGGAAGAUGGAAAUGGAUCACUUAGGGCACAGAUGUCCUGUGGUCAUGCUGUCACUCCAGAUUCGCUCACACAGUGGUGUCGCCACCAACUGGACCAGGGUAAUCAUAAAUUCAAAUGCCCUGCUUUAGUGGCAGGCACAAGACAAUGCAAUAAGCCCUGGUCUUAUCAAGAGGUGCGGAGACUUGCUGAUUUGACUGUACAGGAGAUGCAGUACUUUGAGGAGAACAUCGCUCGUCUGGCUGCUGCAGAGUAUGGCGAGGCUCAGCCUUGUCCUCAAUGUAAAAGUAAUGUUGAGAGGAGAGACCUGACUAACUUGUGUGUCCAGUGCCCUGUGUGCAGUGCUGAUCAGGGGAAGUGCUAUCAGUUUUGUUGGCAGUGCCAGAAGCCGUGGAAAGGCCGAGCUCGGCGCUCAGACCGCUGUGAUAAUCACGGCUGCUCUAAUAAGAACCUGGAGCUUCUGGCUACCUGUAAAACCAUCGACCUGCCUCAGGUGCGAGGGGCCACAAACUGCCCCUCUGUCCGGGCCUGUCCUAAGUGUGGUACAAUAGUAGAGCAUAGCAGAAAAAAUUGUAAAAACCUAAUUUGUCCUCGUUGUCAUGUUGAGUUCUGUUUUGUAUGUUUAAAACCUAAAAAGAAAUGUAAUAAGACCAGUACACCAUUCAUCCUGUGUCAAGGUGGAGUGGCCCCAAGACAGACUUCAAUCCCAGUCUGGAACAAAUCUAGACAGGGGAGGAGAAAUGUAAGGGCAGUAGAUGACUUAAUGGCUGUAUAUCUCAGACGAUUUGAAGAACUAGAUGUGUUAGAUGGAAUCUAAUAAAGUCCUUUUCAGGUUGAUGUAUUGAUUAAUAUUUCCAUCAAACAUGAUUUGUAAAACCAAUUCAGCAGAAUAACACAAACUUUGAUUUCUUUUUUCUUAAAUUUACAAUUCAAGAUGUAAUCUUUCCAGUGAAUGAAUUUAGAUGUCUUUUAUUGUAUUUUAAGCAGGUGUAAUAGUGCAAAUGCUUCAUUCACUGUUCAACUGUUGUAUCCUUCAAUAUAAAUGUAUGUUCCCAGUCUUGUUCUCUUCUGCAUAAUAAAAUUCUAUGUGGUACCACAUUCCAAAGUCCUUUUUUAGGCAAGUUGGGGGAAAUUAA